AUGCCUCUAGUCGGCCCAAGUCUGGCCAUAUUCAUCGUUUCUAUGGUGAUGAUGAUUCUUUCGAUCGUGGCCGUCUCGCUGAGGACCUUCGUGCGACUCUAUAUCGUUAGAGCAUUUGGUUGGGAUGAUGCCCUCAUGCUUGCAGCACUGGUAGUAUUCGUGGUCCUUAAUGCGUGCUGCUUCGUUGGGGCAGAGAAGGGUGCGGGCCGCACUAGAGACGAUUAUGAAAAUUUCGAGAGCUAUAGAACAGCCCUGCUGUAUUGGUGGCUCUGUCAGAUCUUCUACAUCUGGUCAUCCGCCAUCGCCAAAAUAUCUAUAUCUGUCGCCCUUCUCCGACUAACGGUCUCGAGAACUCAUCACAUCAUUAUCUGGAGCAUGAUUGGCCUUACUAUUGCUGUGAGCUCUAUGUUCUGGCUGGUCAUGCUUCUUAAUUGUCACCCAAUCUCAUACUUUUGGAAUUAUGCGGAUCCUUCGAAGACAGGGACCUGCAUGUCCGAGAAUGACUUGGUCAAAGUUGCAUAUGUUUACAGCUGUGUGACCAUUGUGUGUGACUUGACCCUUGGGAUUUUACCAAUUUUCCUCGUCUGGAAGCUACAGAUGAGCCACCGGACAAAGAUUGCAGUUGGUGGAAUUCUUAGCAUGGGUGCAAUUGCGAGCGUCGCGGUCAUAGUCCGGAUCCCUUUCCUUCACUUCUAUGCCGAUACCAAUUUCCUACAUUCUACCUAUCAAAUAGCCAUCUGGUCGGUUGUCGAAACAGGCCUCGGAAUCACAGCAAGCAGCCUCUUCACGCUUCGCCCACUCUUCCGCUGGAUUCUCGACGAAAAGCUGUCAUACGGUCGGAAUACACGCAGUGCAGGAAGAGGCUAUAACGAAUAUCCGCUACCCAGCCUCAACAAUGAUGGCUUGAGAGUGGCUCAUAAUGCGGGAAUUCGGUCUCAAGAAAAUGGGUCUUGGGAUGAAAGCAAGGUGAUCAACACAGUGACGAUUCCGCCAUCGCAGAAUUUUCUCACUGACAACAGCAGCGAGGAGGCUCUUUACCCAGAGCCAAACCCUAUCACCUCGGGAAAUUAUGUCACUGUGCAAAGAACAUUUAUACAGACUAUUUCAGAGAGGGCGAAAUAG